AUGCAAAUCAUAGGAAAAAUACCUGUAGAGAUGAACAAAACCUUGGAUGAGAAUUAUGUAAUGAUCAAGGAACUAUGCAAAAAUGAAAUGUGCAGCCAGAUGAUGAAUACUUUAUUGGAUCAAAAACAAGCAUCUCAUAUUCGAAUACAAUUUCUAUACAAUAUUCGACAAUGGGAUUAGAACUUAUGCUUAUCUGAUUUAUGCAUCAACUAAUUGGAGAUUAACAUAACCAACAAUAUCAAAUAUUACGGGUAAUCAUUAGAACAAAUACUGAAAUAAACAAAUUUGCUGAAUAUGAAAUAGAUCUAACAUUCUUGUGAAUUUAUGAGACCUAUUCCAAUAAUAGUUACUCAUUAGAGUUUGGAAUUUAUUACAAUCGAUUCCACCCAUUUAACUGUUUGGGAUUACAAUAUAACUCCUUUGAUGAGGUUUCGCCAUUUACUGUCUUAAGCCUAGUGUACGAAACUCUAAUAAGGUGAUCAUCAACAGAUUUUGAAUCUAUUCAAACCAGAAUAUAAGAUUGAUGGGAAUCAAUUUAAACUUUUGGUUGAAUAGAAUCCAUAAUUAGUUAGUGAUCUUAUUAAGAAAUUGCAUCAAUUGGGCAUUAAUGCUCAUGAAUAUUUGGACUAGUUAAUUUAGAUAAAGAUCAGUAUUCAGGCCUUGGAAUUAGUGAAUUAAUUAUCAAAGAGCAUAAAUCUGCCAGAUUAAUUUCUUAAUACGUUCAUAAUCAAAUGCAUAGAGAAUUGCAAUGAAUUCAAGAAUAAUCAACCUUUGUAAUUGGCUCGAUAAGUGAGAUUGGUGUCAGUGUUCAUCAGAACUUUGAUAAAUUAGAAGGCAUUUGAUCCAAAGAUGAUUUAUGUAAAAUUACAAGGGUUUUGCUUAGAGUUUUCAUCAAUUCUGGAGGCGACUCAAUUAUUUAAAACUAUAAAAAAUUCAGUUCAAGAAUAAUAAUGA